UCCGGGUUUAAUUUCAGCGUGAAUCGAGUGGAGGUCAUUUACACAAGUGAGAAUAACUGAUCUGAGGAUUUACAAACCUUUAAAUGUAAUGCGACACUUUCUAUGUCAUUUCGAAGGACCUCACGAUUGUAGACUCGUUGAAAUUAUGUAGAUAGUCGUAAACAGCUACAUUAUAUGCCACAAAUAUGACACAGGCAACGUCAUUUUAUCCACAACCUAGAGAUCUUCCUUCUCCAGAACCUCAACAGCCCGGGGGUGCCAAGGAUUCUGCUAAAUAUGAUAGAUAUGCUCUUACUGAAGAUGAAAGGAGAAUCCUCAACGAGUGUCACGAAGAGAGCUUCUACCAGAGAUGUUUGCCACUCGCUAUCGCUUCCAUGGUUUUCUGUCGGGUGCUUUUGAAUAGAGGAAUCCUUAAACCACAUCCACGAUUUGGCUCUUUCCUUAAAAUGGGCACUGCAGGAAUGUUGGGACAUUUGUUUGGCAAGUUGUCCUAUGUUCAGAUCUGUCAAAAGAAGUUCGAAAGUCUUGACAAACGCUCAUUUGGUUCAGCUAUCCGUCAGGAAAGUCUGCGUAUUUUCACCCCAGGGAUGAACCAGUCAGAGAUGGCGGAUCCCAACCAGGCGGAUCCUGCGGAUUCUGCAUUUGAGUCCAGCCACCAGUCAGCGAUGAGCUAUCAGCCCCCAGCUGACUCCUUCAGCUACUCCAGUGACUACAGCAGCCCCUCCCAAUCCUCAUAUGACCCUGCCCCUUUUAGUUCCAGCUUCAGUGAGUCAGCCCCCUCGGGUGUGAGGGGGGAUGAUCUACCACAAGGUGUGCAUUACCUGGACGACGACCUGCCCAAGAAGAAGCCGGUGCUCUACGAGGAGCUUCGCAGCAAGAACCGCGAGAACUACGAGGUCACACUGACACAGAAGGCCGAGACUCUGUUGAAACCCCAGGCUGAGGUUGCCGUGGCACCAAAAAAAGAGGGGAAAAAAAACAAGUAUGGAGAUGCUUGGGAGGAGUGAGGUACAAUGCCUUCAAAUCAAAUCUGCUGGGAUACAUUAAGGGCCAUAACAUUGUCUGUCUUGCGUCUGCUAACGAGAAAGAUGUACUACUGCCAUGUUGCUGAUAUGAUGGGUCAGGGGCCAGCCAUGGAUUUAGUUCAUAUUUUGGUUGUUCAGGAUGUUUCUUUGAAAAGGCCAACAGCAUUUGUUGUCAGCUGUGAUCCUCUCCAUUCUGAAUGGAACAUACUGCAAUAGACAUACUUACUUUUUGCUUUAAUAUUGUUGAUCAGGCAAACAAGUAUUAGUAUCUUGCAAACAAUACAUACUUUGCUGGUGCAAAUCUUCAUAGCUAUUAAAUAAAUAAAAUGGCAUCUUCCGUUAUUUGGUUUUUCAUCUUGAUUCGCUUUUUUAGUGACAAGGCUGCAUACUUCAGGCAGGAGUAGAAUCGAUGACAUCGAUGACAAUGAUCCAAUAAUUAAUUUAUGAGACUCAGGAGUAUUUCCAUUCUUGGGGCUCAGAAAGUUCAAGUGUAUCAAUUAGAAGCUAAGAGGAGCUAUAGGUUGCAUUGGUGUUAAAAUGACUGUAAACCUCUCACACUGUUGCACUUAAAUAGGGCUUUGUAUUAUAUCAGCGAGUGAAUUUGUCCAGUCAAGUCCCUUUCGCUCAACUUUGAAAAAUCCACUGGGUCUUUUUUAAACACAUUACCCUCUGCUCGAUUGCUGUACUUCUGUAGCCAUUUGAAUCAGUUUUGCUGUGUCACAUGUGAAAUGUCCACAUAAAGCCAUUAAUAAACCAAAGUGGUUUGAAAGAUUCA